CCGCCAUUUUUAUAUAACCUACAAAUAGAAAAAUAUAUGUUGGGUAUCCUAUAUCUAUAUAGCUGCUAGAUCUAGCACUCUGGCAGUCAUUCCGUAACAGUUGUUAUUGUCAGCUGAUCCAACCAAGCCAGACUGACAAAUAACAAAGAAUCAUUGUUAUAAGUACGCAGUUUUCAUUAGCUAGUUAAGCUAGAUUUAUCAGGAAGUUAAAAACAUUUUUUAAUUUAUUUAGCAUUUUAUUGUAUCAAGUAUGAUAUAGUCUAUCGGUUCAAUGUGACAGCUCACGGCGACGUAAUGGCAUGACAAAUCAUUCUUACAGAUCAAGAGCUAAGUAAAACUCAUGGCAACAGACAGCAAUGACGAAGUUCAACUGCACUCAAACAGCUGGUUUUGGGAAUGGUUUAGCUGGUCACGUUCUUCUUCAACCAUGCUCAGAGCAGUGGAAAAAAAAAUACUUUCAUAUUUAAAAACACCAUACAGGGGAAGGUAUGUUGAUAUCGGAGCAGUUGUAGGAGAAUCAGACAAAAUCUGGACUUUGUCUUUAAAUCAAGAAUCACCACAAGUACCAAUUGUCUUGCUUCAUGGCCUUGGAGCUGGUGUUGCUCUUUGGGUUUUAAACCUUGAUUCUUUAGCCAAGCAGAGGCCUGUUCAUGCUAUAGAUUUGUUGGGAUUUGGCAGGAGUAGUCGACCAGUUUUUAGCAAGAAGGCUGAGGAAGCUGAAAACCAGUUAGUUAGAUCAGUAGAAGAAUGGAGGAAAGAAAUGCAAUUGGACAAUUUCGUUUUACUUGGUCAUUCUAUGGGUGGCUUUUUAGCAGCAUCAUAUGCUAUUCAAUAUCCAGAACGAGUAAAACAUCUAAUUCUUGCUGAUCCAUGGGGAUUUCCAGAAAGACCAACUGAUGUUGUUAACAAAUCACAGGCUCCACUUUGGUUAAAGGCCAUAGCUUAUAUGGUCCAACCAUUAAAUCCACUAUGGGCUGUGAGAUUUGCUGGACCAUUUGGCCAGUGGCUUAUUGAAACUACGCGCCCUGACAUAGUAAGAAAGUUUUCACCAGUUCUGCAAGAUGAUCCUACUAUUAUUUCACAGUAUAUACACCAAUGCAAUGUUCAAACUCCUUCAGGAGAAAGUGCCUUUCAUGCUAUGAUGCAUGGUUUUGGAUGGGCGAAAAAUCCAAUAAUAAAAAGGAUUGAUCAACUGGACCAUAAAAUUCCUGUAACACUUCUCUAUGGAAGUAGAUCUUGGGUGGACAACACUGCAGGUGAAACAAUUAAACGAGUCAGAUCAUCCUCUUAUGUUAAUGUUCAGAUAAUAACUGGAGCAGGACAUCAUGUUUACUUGGACAAAAGUGAAAUUUUCAAUAAAUAUGUUCUGGAAGCUUGUAAAAUAAUUGACCAACAUUCAAAAUUGACUCAACCUGAAAAUUUAAAUCCAGGAUCAAAGCUAAUAUGCGAAGAGAAAAAUAGGAGUGAUGAGGAAGUUGAUGAUAGUACAAAAGUUUCCGAUAAAGCAAUAGAUGUAGAUAAAUCAAAAUUAAGCUAACAAUAGAAACCAAAUCCAAUAUUAGUGUCAUUACUUCUUUCUUUUUUGAUGAACUGGUUCAUCUAUAAGCGUAUAAAACAAUUUUAAGUAUUUUUCUUGUACAUAUAUAUAAAUACAUGCUAUUUGAAGAAAAAAUUUUGCUUUAUAUCUAUUUUUGAUUUCUUCUUGAACACUGAGUUGUAGAGAUUUAUGUACAAAAUGUUUGCCUAGCGUUUAUUUAUGUGAAUGAACAUUCGAUUUUCUUGUGCGACGACAUUAUUAAUUUAAGAAAAUGAUAAGAAAAUUACAAAAAGUAUUAUUUUAAAGAUUUACAGAACAAAUAUUACAGUAAGUUAAUAUGAUGUCAACAACUGUAGAACAGUUGCAUGAAUUAUACAAAAAUAAAAUGUUUACACACUUUGUUUGAUUUGCGAA